AGCCAGAAGGGCAAUAAAAGGCGCCGAAUCCGAGCACAGAGGCAGAGGGAAAGAGGCAGCGAGUGAAGAGAAGAACUCGGCGUGAUCCAACAAAUCAGAAGCUCAAAGAUGAGCGGAAACACGAAUUUCUACUGCGGGCUCGUGCUCCUGCUCCUGCUCCAAGUUCAAGGCCGACCGAGAUCUGAUGACAGCCUGCAGGCUCUGACCAGACUACUGGAAGAUGAAUAUGGACAGUAUUUCACCUCGGAAGACCUGAACAAUGAAGCGCCAGAAAUGUCGCCAGCCGCUUCCCUUCCUGACCUCAACACUGAACAGUCCGAGACGGAUCUCCCCUGGGACCGGGAAUCCCGAGAGAUCGCCAGCCGGCCCAUCCUCGCGCGGAUCCUGAAAGACCUCAACAACAUCCCCCUCCGGUUUAGAGGCAGAAGCAAAAAAGGACCAUCUCGGGGCUGUUUCGGGGUGAAACUGGAUAGAAUCGGGGCCAUGAGCGGCCUGGGCUGUUAGCGACUUGUUUAGAGGGUCUGACUCCAAGAGCAACACUGCCGGCACCGCCUGCUCAUCGACCUUCCCGCAGACCACUCACUUUUCCAAGUUUUCGCUCCACUCUCUCCGACCGAUGGCGAGUAGCCUCCGACCUGUAGAC